UCAUUGGCAAUGGACCGGCAACAGAUCCAGGUGAGCGACGAAGAGCGUGAAGUGCCACGAGAAGAAUACCGGAGGAGGAGGAGAAAGAAAGGCAUCACCUCUUCCUCCUCUACCUCCAUGGAUAAGGUCACAGUAGAGUUUGUGCUGCCCAAGAUGGGGCGUGGAGGGAACGGCUCCAACUCUCUGCUGCUGGAGGUGGCUGGGAACUGGACCGUAGAACAGGUGAAGGCUCAGGUUUGGAUGAAGGCGGUGACGUUAAACCUCUGUCCUGACUUCUACCAGCGGUUCUCUCCUGACCACUGCAUCCUCCUCUACCAGAAGAAAGGCACCAUCUGUGAGAUUUACGACAAGCACCAGGUCUUCCAGACUCUAGACUGCAUACGCUACUGGAGAGCCCUAAAGAAGGAUGUAGGGCGGAUCCAGCUGGUGCCUCGACCUCAGUCCACAGAUGAGUCCCAGCAGUAUCAGCGCUACCUGAACUACCUAAUUGGCUACGACGCGACUGAUGUCAGCAACGUCCAUGACGAUGAGCUGGAGUUCACUCGCAGGAAGCUGCUGACGCCGCGGCGCAUCGAGCUGUCCGACCGUGACCCAAAGCUUUACUCCAUGGACCCCUGGGUCACCUGCAAACCACUGCCUGAGCACCUUCUCUCCAAGGUGAAUAAUGGUUACAUCCUGGUCGUGAUCCAUGUCAGCACUUCCAGUCAUACCAUCAAGGUCUCCAUAGAUGAUACACCUUCUGAAGUGUUGGCAAAUUUUUUGGCCAAAACUGCAAAUAAAAGGGUUUUGCUGGGAAUCCCUGACAACGUGUGCGAGUCGGACUUUGUGCUGCGUGUGUGUGGCAGGGAGGAGUACCUGUAUGGAGAGAAACCUCUUCAGAACUUUAACUGGAUCCGUCAGUGCUUAAAAAAUGGUGAGGAGAUCCACCUGGUGCUGGAAACGCUGCUUGAUCCUGAACUGGAUCUGGUCCAGAAGGAGGACUGGGCCCAAGUGGAUGAUUGCACUGGAGUUGCAGGCACUCAUGAGCAGUUGACCAUCGCUGAAAAGGACCACGAGCGAGUGUUCACUAUCUCCAUGUGGGACUGUAACAGGAAGUUCAGAGUGAAAGUGCUGGGUAUCGACAUCCCAACCCUCCCUAAAGUCCCAGACUUUACUGUCUUCGUAGAGGCCAGCAUCUUUCACGGGCAGCAGCUUCUAGCUCAGGAGAGGACCUCUUCAAAAACGUUCAACGAAGAAGUUCUGUGGAACUGCUGGUUGGAGUUUAACAUAAAGAUCAAGGACUUGCCUAAAGGAGCACGCCUCAACCUGCAGGUGAUUUGUGGGAAACAACCCCAGCUGCCAAAUGCCAAAAGUGGCUCCUACCAUGAUAACACAGCAGGAACUGGCUGCCUUGAAGGGAAGACCAAGAACCGCCUCCUGUACUACGUCAACCUGCUACUUGUCGACCACCGUUCUCUGCUCCGCCAAGGCGAGUUCAUCCUCCACAUGUGGAAGAUGCCCGAGAAGAGCGAGGAGAGCAGCAGCAGCAUCAAUGCGGACAAGCUGACGUCAGCCACCAACCCAGACAAGGCCUCGUCCAUGGCUGUCGCCAUUUUGCUGGACAAGUAUUGCUACCCUGUGGUGCUGCCCAAAAGCAGGGACAUGGGCAGGGAUUGUGGGGCUGAGGAGGCCGAGGGAGGCGAGCGGGGUCAGAGAGAAAUGCCAAACCACCUGAAGAAGCAGUUUGAGGCGAUUGUGUCUACUGACCCCUUACAUCCACUCAGUCCUGAGGACAAGGAGCUGCUGUGGCACUUCAGGCACGAGUGUAUGCGUGACCCCAGGGCUUACCCCAAGCUGCUGGGCUCAGUCAGGUGGGGGAAACAGGAAGACGUUCUGGCGAUGCAUUGUCUGUUAGAGCGCAGCAGCGCGUGGGACACCAGCGGUUUGGAUGUUGGUCUGGCGAUGCAGCUGCUGGACUGCCACUACUCGGACGCUCACGUUCGUUCGAUGGCUGUCAGGAAGUUGGAGACGCUGGAGGACGAUGACGUGCUCCGAUAUCUUCUCCAGCUUGUCCAGGCCGUCAAGUUUGAGCCGUACCAUGACAGCGCCCUGGUCAGGUUCCUGCUGAAGAGAGCUCUGAGGAGUAAGCGCAUUGGUCAUUUUCUCUUCUGGUUCUUGCGGAGCGAGAUCGCCCAGUCCAUGCACUACCAGCAGAGGUACGCUGUCCUGUUGGAGGCCUACCUCAGAGGCUGCGGUGAGGACAUGCUGCAGGACUUCAGGAAACAGGUGGAGAUGACUGAGGCUCUGCAGAAAGUCACUAGGGAGAUCAAGGCCAUGUCUGCUGACAAAUAUGACGUCACGGCUCAAGUGGUGUUUCAGUUGCGACAGAAACUGGAGACUCUGCAAACGUCCGGUCUACCUGAGAGUUUUCGAGUUCCUUAUGAUCCAGGUCUGAGAGCUGGAGCCCUGCUGAUUGAGCAGUGCAAAGUGAUGGCGUCCAAGAAGAAACCACUGUGGCUGCAGUUCAAAAAGGCCGACCCCACCACUCUGUCCAAAGACCCCAUCGGCAUCAUUUUCAAAGACGGCGACGACCUCAGACAGGAUAUGCUCAUCCUGCAGAUUCUGCUCAUCAUGGAGUCCAUCUGGGAGACGGAGUCGCUGGAUCUGUGCCUCUUGCCGUACGGCUGCAUCUCCACCGGCAACAGAAUAGGCAUGAUCGAGAUCGUUAAGGAUGCCACCACUAUUGCAAACAUCCAGCAGAGUGUCGUUGGAAGCACCGGUGCGUUUAAGGAUGAAAUCCUCCAUCAGUGGCUCCGAGACAAGUGUGUCAGCGAGGACAAGUUCCAGCAGGCUGUGGAGAGGUUUCUGUACUCCUGCGGGGGGUACUGCGUGGCCACGUACGUGCUCGGUAUCGGGGAUCGUCACAACGACAACAUCAUGAUCACAGAAUCAGGGAAUCUGUUUCACAUCGACUUCGGCCACAUCCUGGGGAAUUACAAGAGCUUCAUGGGCAUCAGUAAAGAGUGGGUCCCCUUCGUGCUCACACCAGACUUCCUGUACGUCAUGGGGACGUCGGGAAAGAAGAGCAGCCCCCACUUCCAGAAGUUUCAGGACGUGUGUGUGAAGGCUUACCUCGCCCUUCGUCACCACACCAACCUCCUCAUCAUCCUUUUCUCCAUGAUGCUGAUGACCGGUAUGCCGCAGCUGACGAGCAAGGAGGACAUCGAGUACAUCCGCGAGGCGCUGACGGUGGGCCGCAGCGAGGACGAGGCGCAGCGCCACCUGCUGGACCAGAUAGAGAUCUGCAGGGAGAAAGGCUGGAUGGUUCAGAUCAACUGGUUCGUUCACCUGGUGCUGGGGAUCAAACAGGGCGUGGAGAAACGCUCCGCGUAGGACGUCCUUUAAAAACAUCUCACAAGAGCUUAAAUUAUUAGACUUUCUGGGAGGGGGGAGUCUA